AUGUGGGAUAAAAUUAUAUACGUUUUUAUGAUAACAGUUGCAACAUAUAUAUUAAAGCAACUCUUUUCUGAAACACCAAACUAUGUCAAGUUUCAGUCAAAAUUUUUAGUAUUUUAUAUUUGGGCUUCAAUUGUUGCUUUGUUCUUGAUGCCAUUUUUUGUGUUUACUCCUAAAAAUGUCAAGAACUCACUUUUUGGGUCCCAAAUAAUAAAGCAUGUAACAAAAUUAAUAGAGGUAAAGUGGCAUUUAAGAAAUGGCAAAGUUCUUUCUGAGGACAGAGGAGCUGUAAUUAUAUCAAAUCAUCAAUCAUCUAUAGAUAUACUGGGUAUGUUUAAUGUAUGGCAUGUAGCUGUUAAAAUAGCGGCUGUAGCAAGGAAAGAACUGUUCUAUGUAUGGCCGUUUGGUUUAGCAGCAUACCUCGCUGGGGUUGUGUUCAUUGAUAGGAAUAAUUCAAAAGAUGCAUACAAAACACUUAAGGCCACCUCGGAGGUCAUGAUCAAGAAUAAGACAAAAAUCUGGUUAUUUCCUGAAGGAACGCGGAAUAAAAAUUUUACAUCUUUGUUACCUUUUAAGAAGGGAGCAUUUAAUAUAGCUGUGGCCGCACAAGUACCUAUUAUACCAGUCAUCAUAUCUCCAUACUACUUCAUUAAUACAAAGAAAUAUAUUUUUAAUAAAGGUCAUGUUAUCAUGCAGUGCUUAGAACCAAUACCAACAACGGGUUUGACGAUGGAUGAUGUGCCACAACUCAAAGAUAGAGUCCAAAAUAUAAUGGAACUUGCUUAUAAGGAGCUAUCAAAAGAAGUCUUGAGUUUAUUGCCGCCUAAUUAUCCUUUAGUUGGUCAGGACUGA